AUGAGUGUAGGAGCCAACCGAGCUAAAAGCCAGACGGCAAGCGGGACCCUCAGGGCCAACGCAAGGAGCCGGUCUAAGUUACUAACCUCAGAUAGAAAUAGGAACGACCAUCUGAAAACUAUAGACGUAAGAACCCACAAAGAUGAAAAGGGAGGAUUUGUAAAACCAGCAAAUCUAAACGAAUACCUUCAUAUAUUGAGUGAGUCAAAUGCUAAUGAUAUUGACUUGGCUUGGAUUCUCAAGCUAAGACUGAACAAUGCAGCUUUAACAAGUCUGAGGAAUAAGAAAAGGCCUUCUACGACGUUUGCUAACCCUCCGAGUGUAUUCUUUAAGCAGACUAAAGCUAGCAAAGGAAAGAAAGUCACGCUAGAUUCGUUUAAAUACAAUGGAAAUCAUGCUGAUAUAGAGCAUCUGACAAGGCAUAGGCUAGCCCAAGUUGCUAAUCCUAGCCAGCUAACAUUCGAGACCGGACUCAGAAGCUACCAGUCUGAACACAAUCUGAACAAAAGAAGAUCAGCAAGCAGUCAGAAGAGACUGCCCCAGUCAAGAGGAAAUUCAAGAAAAUAGAAAUUUCUCGACUAUUCCUCUUAGGAUCGGUAAGGAGGAUAUUCCUGAGUUCUUGCCUCCCAUGACGACAAGGGGAGUCUAUCAGUUCAACAAGUUUACUAAGACACUUCAUAAUUUUAAGGAUUUGUUCAAAACUCACCAAGGUGAAGAAGCCAAAACUAAAGUCUCUGCUUUUGAGGGGUCUUAUGCCUUCCCAAAGCAUGCCGUUAUGAAGGAGAAGAACAUGGGCAGUAUCCUCCACUUAGUCAGAAAAGGCUCUGGUGGAAGCAAGCAGCUGUCAACAAUCCAGUGGGAAUCAGGCUUAAGAGGAGGUCCUGAUACGAGACUUAACAAAAGACCUAAGAAGAUCAAAGCAAAUUUUCCUAACAGAGCAAAAUUAGCACCAAACAGUACAAGGAAUUAG